GCAAAGGAGACAAUUCAAAAUACAAUGACUUGUACGAUAGACUAAGUAAACACAUUUCAAAGGUUUGCUGUAGAUGUGAAAUAUGAAGUGUGUUUUUUUCGGUAAUAAAAGAAUUUUAGUACCAGAGUAUACCAAUCAAUAAUGUAUUGACAUGGUUGUAGUGCAAACUUGAGAAACUGUGUAACUUUCUCUGCCAGCAAAGCCAUUACAUCACUUCGAUACAUAUUCAAUGGUUCACGGUCUAUAUAUAUAAACAGCUCGAACUAGAAAGGAUAUGUCAACCAUAAAUCGUAACAAUAGUGUAAAACAGAAUCAAAAGUUCAACUUCUUCCCAUCCUUACUAGCAUUGUAGUAGUAACAAUGCAGAAAACAGCAGAGCUGGUGUUCAUCCCUUCGCCCGGAGUCGGUCACCUCGCAUCAGCACUUGAGAUGGCCAACCUCCUCAUCCGUCGAGACGAACGGCUCUUCAUUACAGUCAUCAUAAUGAAGGCUCCCUUUGAAACCAAGACAAGCAUUUAUACCCAAUCAAAGUCAGAAGACUCACGCCUGCGUUUCGUGGAACUUCCUCACCACGAAUCAAUUUCAGAUUCCACUUCUAAGUCUGGUGUCCACUUUCAUACCGCCCUCAUAGAAACCAACAAGACUCGCGUGAGAGAUGUUGCUGCCAGAAUCAAGACCACUAGGCUUGCCGGCUUUGUCGUCGACAUGUUCUGCACCGGCAUGAUUGAUGUGGCUGACGAGUUGGGGGUCCCUACCUACGUCUACUUCACUUCCAGUGCUGGUUUUCUUGGCCUCGUGUUCCAUCUCCAGUCCAUACAUGACCACCAAAACGAAGACAUUACUCAAUUCAAGGACUCAGACAUUGAGUUGUCAGUUCCAAGUUUUGUCAAUUCAGUUCCGACUAAGGUCAUGCCAUCUGUGGUGCUGAACAGCCAAGAAGGGGCCAGCAUGUUCCUAGCACGUGCCCGAUGUUUCAGACGUGCUAAAGGCAUCAUUGUCAACACAUUCAUGGAGCUAGAACCCCAUGCAGUGAAGUCCUUAUCUGACAGUAAAACCCCGCCAGUCUACCCAGUGGGACCCGUACUCAACCUCGACAGCGAUGAGGGAAGCCAACAGUCCGAUGCUAUCAUGAGGUGGCUUGACGAUCAGCCACCAUCAUCAGUGGUUUUCUUGUGCUUCGGGAGGAUGGGAAGCUUUGAUAAGGAACAGGCGAAAGAGAUUGCGGAUGCACUGGAGCGCAGUGGCUACCGUUUCUUGUGGUCCCUGCGUCAGCCUCCACCGAAGGGAAAGAUGGAGCUUGCAAAGGAAUACGACAAUCCGGAGGAAGUCCCGCCAGAGGGAUUCUGGGAACGGACGGCAGGGAUGGGAAAAGUGAUUGGUUGGGCGCCACAAAUGGCGGUUCUGUCACACCCUGCGGUGGGAGGGUUUGUGUCACACUGCGGGUGGAAUUCAACGUUGGAAAGUGUGUGGUGUGGAGUGCCCAUGGCAGCGCGGCCUUUGUACGCAGAGCAGCAAAUGAAUGCUUUUGAGAUGGUGAAAGAGUUGGGUUUAGCGGUGGAGAUCAAGAUGGACUAUAGCAAAGAUUUGAAUCAAGUGCCCUUGACGGCAGAGGAGAUAGAGAGCGGAAUAAGAAAGGUUAUGACGGAUGAUGGGGAAAUUACGAAGAAGGUGAAUGACAUGAAAGAAAAGAGCAGAGAAGCCAUGACGGAGGGUGGGUCAUCCUACAUUUCUCUGGGACGUCUGAUUAAGGACCUGAUUACAAAUAUGGAUUUUCACUCUCAAAAAUUUGUUGAUAAUGAAUAAAGGACACCUCUCAAUGCAUAGAAUACACUCUACCAAGAAUUAUGGUGGUCUUCGCUUCUUUUCAACUAGAAUCAGGUUCUCCAAGAGCUGCAUGUGAAGUAAAUCCAAAACAGGAAGUUAGAUAGGAUGAGCUAUCAAGCAUCUAUUUUGUUUCAAUUAGAAAUGAUAUCGCAAUGAAUAAUACUUCCCUCCCUAUUUAUAAAGAAAUAUUUCCUCCUUGUAGCUAGC